AACGCUGAAGCAUGGUCGAGUAGCACACAAUCAGCCAUGGCGCCUGUUCUGCCACUGCUACUUCUGCUCCUGUCCUCUUCUUCUUCUCCAACAAUCCGUGCAGCAGCAGCAGAUGAGGAGCACGAGUACACACUCGUGGCAUUGAGCUCGCUGCAACCAAAAGCUACCUGCGCCGGACACAGGGUGGCUCCGCCCCAGAACACGACGUGGGUGCCUUUGAACCUCCCCCAUGGCCCAUGCUCGCCGCUGUCCGGCGGCGCCACCACGCCGCCGUCCGUGGCUGAGCUGCUCCGCCACGACCAGCUCCGCGUCGACGACAUCCUCACGAGGCUGUCCGGCAUUCCCAUCAACGACAGCAAGCCGACGCGCUCGGUGGGUGGACCCAACGCCCAAAUGAAUGGCAACUUAAUCGAUGUCGGCGUGGGCCCAGCACAAAGCCCCCCGUCGGCGUGGGCCCAGCAGCAGCUCUCCGGUCUGAGCGGCGGUAUUGAUGCAGUCGCCGCCCAGUCGAGCCUGCCGGCCGGAGUGCUCCGGCAGACGGUGGUCGUGGACACGGCCAGCGACGUGCCGUGGGUGCAGUGCGUGCCGUGCCCCAUCCCGCCGUGCCACCCGCAGACCAACACCUUCUACGACCCGACCAAGUCGCGCACCUAUGCCGCCUUCCCCUGCGGCUCCCCAGCUUGCCGGCAGCUCGGUCCCUACGCCAACGGCUGCAUCAACAACCAGUGCCAGUACAAGGUCACCUACCCCGAUGGCUCGUCGUCGUCGGGCACCUACAGCUCCGACGUCCUCACCUUCGACGCCACCCACGCCGUCAGCAACUUCCAGUUCGGGUGCAGCCACGCUGAGCAGGGCAGCUUCGACAACCGUGCGGCGGGCAUCAUGGCGCUCGGCGGCGGCCCGGAGUCGCUGCUGGCCCAGACGGCGUCCCGCUGGGGGAACGCCUUCUCCUACUGCAUCCCGCCGACGUCGAGCAACUCCGGCUUCUUCGGCCUCGGCGUGCCCGGCGGCGUCGCCUCCUCCAGGUACGUGGUGACGCCGAUGCUCAGGUACCCGAACCUGCCCACCUUCUACCGCGUGCUCCUCCGGGCCAUCACCGUCGGCGGGCAGCGGCUCAACGUGCCCGCCGCGGUGUUCUCCGCCGGCUCCGUGAUGGAUUCGCGCACGGCCAUCAGCCGCCUGCCGCCGACGGCGUACGCGGCGCUGCGGGCGGCGUUCAGGAACGCCAUGAGGAUGUACCGCCCUGCGCCGCCCAAGGGGAACCUCGACACCUGCUACGACUUCACCGGCGUCGCCAACGUCAGGCUGCCGAGGAUCGCGCUGGUGUUCGACCGGAACGCCGUCGUGGAGCUGGACCCGUCGGGGAUCCUCUUCAGCAGCUGCCUCGCUUUCGCCUCCAACCGCGACGACCACAUGCCGGGCAUCCUCGGCAGCGUGCAGCAGCAGACGUAUGAGGUGCUCUACGCCGUCGGCGGAGGCGCUGUCGGAUUCCGCCGUGCCGCGUGCUGAGCGCCACCUCGCCCUGCCAUCCAAUCCAUCUGUCUACUGGCAUUAUAUUGUUGCUUUACUCGUUUCCACACCCACUGUUAACUACUAUAUGUAAGACCUAUCUGGUCAAUGGUCAUGGAUUUCUACAAGCUAAUCUCACAGGGAGGUGAGGUAGUUUGUUGCCCAAAUAAACCGAAGAUUUGCAAGUUGUAUGUGAUCCUGCCGGCUUAUAAGCUUGUACUUCUAUCAGAAAUUUGUUAUAUUGAUCAUGUCCGGAAGGAGAAGGGACUUUGUUUUGAAACCGUAAA